CAUCGUCGUCGUCGUCGUCGUCCAGCUCAUCUGCUAUUUAACCAUGUUGCCCAUGGGUAAGGUUUGGGAUCAAGAAUCCUAUUACCUUCUUACAUGUAUACCUUCCUACCUGCAAUAAUCCACUGCAUUACUUUUCGUUUACUUUAUUAUCAACCAAUCUGCCGAGAAGUCAAGACGUACUUCAACAUCCCGAAGCCUUUGGCUUCUACUACAGAGAAGCCUAGCACACUAAAAUAAAUAAUGUAGCAAAUACGAAGCAGUCGUAUUUAGUUGCACUAUUUUAUUCCAAUCGGCUUGUGUGUGAGUGAUAUUCUAAAUUGUAAAAUUAAACGUGAAGAUUAAGUAAAUUGUGGCUGAAGUAAAUAAAAACAUACAAUGAGCCAUUAAAUAUUGUGCCUGAUUUCCAACCUGGGUUUGUUGCUUGCAUGUCAAAAAAUUCUUCUUGAUCAAUCAACAACCUUCAAUUGUGUCGAAAAUUGCAUUGUUUUCUGACAAAGAAACUCCCAAGUUUUUACAAGAGAAACAAAGAGAGUUUUCGGUGCAUGAGACGUUGAGAUAGCAAAUCGGCUAAACAAGUGGAGAGACAAAUGCAUGUCUUUUGAGGGGUACAUGGAGAAAGAAACGUUCCAUUGAGCACGGAAUAAUGUGACACAUCGACUCGUCCUAAUGUGGCAAAGUGACUAAUACUCAAGUGCUGGGAAUGUGAUCAACAUUUUUACAUACGGGUGCACGACAAUAUGACCGAACUAUGACCAUAAACUUAUAAGAAAUACCCUACAAGACUUAUGUAUUCUCCGGCCGGGUUGAACAAUGUUGAGAAGAAAAAGUACCAAAGAACCUGAAUUGCAUUACUAAUACGUACGGCAACUUGUUCAUAUAUAAUUUGUUUGUUGAUCAUUAAACAAUAUUUUAUGGAUUGACAACAAGAUUUACAGAUGAGAUUUACAUACCUAUUCAACCUCCACUUUAUCUCUUUGACAGGAAAGAGAGGAUUUAAAUGUCUCAACUUCUCGUAUUAACAUACAUUCCUUGAUAAGUGGUGUUAUACACGAACCAAAUUUCCAGUUCUAGUUCUUAAUCGCUUCGAGGAGGAGGGCAGUUCUUCUGCCUUGUUAUCUCGUAUGUUUAACUUUCGGUCAUAAUUUUCGGUGGGAUAAAACAAUCUUUAAAAAAAUAAUUGUCGGAAAAUUUACGAAAUCAAAUUUGUGCCAAAAAAACUGAAAGGAAUUUUGUUACACGUACAUUUUGGACCUUAACUUAUUAUGGAGAUCAAUGGGACAAACUUGUUGAGGAAAUUAAGGCGAGACUGGUGGAAAACAAGGAUCUGCACUUCUUGUGUUUCACCACUCGGAAGAAUAAUUGCUCGAGGAGGGAUUUGCUCACAGUGUGGACUUAAAUUUUGCAAAAAUUGCCGACAAGAGACUCAACCUGGGAGUGGUGUUUGGGUGUGCCUUUUGUGCAGCAACGGUGGAAUAUCUUCCGACAUUUUCGGGAAAACGAAAAGUCUUGGCAGAGAUUCCAGAUCAAUUCGGAGAUCUUGGACAAUUUCCACACCACAAAGAGCGCAGACCAACUCUCCAAUUCUAAAAUCCUACACUGUGAUUCAACCCGAAGAAACGCUAAGCGUUGGAGGAACCCCCAAUUUUAACACGACAGGUUUAUAUUGUGACGGUUCCGGACAAGCUUGUGGAUCCAUCGCUGGAGGAUCUCAACACAGUCCGAGCAACAAUGGGGCAAACGCUCACCGUCAGUUUCAUUCUCUGCCGAGAAUGAGUUCUGGUUCGGAACGAAGUAAAAAAACGAAACGAAGUUUUAAUCAAGAUUUCGAGAAAGAAAAUAUAAAACGCCACCGCUCCUUCCAAUCAACUCUGCAUCCGUACCAAGUCCCCGCGACUCCACCUUCGCCCUCAGCUUCUAUAAAUUUUAUUGAAGACUCUUUUUUCUGGGAUUAUUAUGACUACGAUAUCGACUCGUCGUCUCCUUUAUCGGGGUCACCAAGAACGUCAGGUCAUCAUCAUCACCACCAAAGGAACCACCCCACAAGAUUUCGCUCUCUUUUAACUUCUUCAAGCGGAGGAGGAGGAUCUGCAAGCAUUCUUCAAAGACGCAACUCUAUUCGAAACAAAUUAGAAUCCGAUAUGGAUCGACUGUUGAAGCUGAAUUUGCGAACGUCACAUUCAAACAGAUCAAGUUGCGAGCGGAGUUUGGGUGACACUUAUGACUGCGACUACUCGAAAAAUUACAGCUACAGCAACUACAACUCGUUAUCUGACACGGAGCUAAAUGACAAUUCUAAAUAUGACCAGGAAGAAAACAGUCAAAUUACUACGGCUGGUUCCUCGUCACGAAGAUUCAGACCGGAUGCGAAUAGUACAAAUUUUUAUAAAUUCGCCUCCGUAACACCGGUGAAUAUGAGUCCGAUGAGCGAUACUCGGAAAGAGGCCAGUACUUCGACAACCAAUACGGCAAGUAAUAUCAGGACCACGAACAACAACCUAUUCUCCACAAAUUCUCAUCCAUCGACAUCCACUCCAGUGAAACCGGAGCGUAAAUGCAACGCAAAGAGAUCAUGUAGCUUAAAUUCUUACGACGGUAAGAAGUUAUUCUCACCCUUGCGAACAUACGUGGUUGUUAUGAAGGAGAAUGUCGUGCCCAGAGCCAAUAACAUUAGUGCCAAUGCCAAUAGCGUAACCUCUACUUCUUCUUUAACUGGAGAGAACAAUAGCUCUAACAUGAAAGCGAAAAAUCAACACGGCUCAAAUAAUGCUACCACUUCCAAUACUAGCAACAACAACAUUCGUAUAAACUCCUCCAAAGAGGAAGAGUUUAAUAUUAAUAACUCUGCCACAAAAUUCCACAGCCUUCCUCGUGAACGGGUAAUUAGAAUUGAAAGAGAAGACGCAAAGUUUUCUCCUUCUAGACAAAGACAGACUAAUAGCAUUUCACAAAACUCGUCUAAUUCUUCUCCCACUUCUGUUGAAGAUCGGAGAGGAAGAAAUGUGUCUAAAAUUGAGAUAACUCGAUCCAUGUCGUCCGCAUCGGGGAAGGAUUUUCAGUCCACGGGUGGAAAUAAUGGGAGCAAAUUUCCAAUUGAGAAGAAUAGUGGGAGGAGAAUUGUAAGGUCUCAGUCUCACCGUGAGAUCUCUUCAGCAAAUAAACAUCAUCAUCAUCCCUCUACUAUUAUUACAUACGAUCCAGAAGAACGAGACCGCACUGGAGCCCAAUUUUUAAGCGUGGUCAACUUGAGAUCAAGUCCCAAUUCUGGUCCUAAUUCUGCUGGUGUGACCCGCCUCCACGGGUAUGAUAGUGCUACUUUGCCUCUAAUUAGGACGAAUGGAAAAUCAGUGUCAACAACUCUGACAUCCGCAAAUCAAGCCCCUCCACUUCUCAGUUCCCUCUUGGACGACAAAACUACGGCCGCCGUGAUGGAAAACUUUCUCAGAAGUCCGAGUCAAAAUCUUCAAAAUCCAGUUUGGACAAGUAGUCCGUACAAAAUUGAGCCUGGUAAUUCCAGUGGUGGGCGUCCCACUCCUAAUGAGAAAUGCUUUAUCCCAACUUCAAAGAAAAGUAGUGACUUCGUCCAGUCACAGAUGACUGACUUUCAGAAUUUCCAGCGUGAACAAAUUCAAACCUUUGAUAAUUAUCUUCGGCAGUGCUCUACUUUCCCCCGAGUGCAAAAGCAGAAGCAUAAUAAUCUCAAAUCGCAGCAGGAGUCAGCACAAGAAGACAAGAGUUUUGAACCAGAGCCAAAAUGCAGCAGGGUACGCCACACGAGCACCACGUUGAUCAACUCGUCCUCGCAUGAUGAUUUUGUUAAAAGUUGGGACGACAAUCUGGAUCAACAAUAUUUCCAACCCAUUGGAGCAACCAGUCGGGCUCGAGCCCGAAGUGAAGUUCAAUUGAAUAGGCAGCAGCACUAUAAUAAUAGCAACAAUGAUGGCUAUCAUCCAUCAACCAGCACUACUACUGUCGACCCAAUUGUCUUUAUGAAACAAUCGGAUUCGACGGUGGGUGGUAGUGGGGCUGGUGGAGGUAGUCGUGGUCGUGAUGAUUUUGGUAUCGGUCCAACUCCACCCAUCGGCUGGAGUGCUACUCUUCCACAUCCGUACGUUAGGAAGCAUAGACAACAAAAGUCAUUUUUUCUCAAUGAACAACACCAACGGGAACCGGUCCCCCCGGUUGAUGAUGCUUUCUCCAAAGAGAAAACAAGAAUCAGCAACGUGGAACAGGAAAUUGAAAGAGAUAUCGAAUUAUCCCGCGAGAGAGAUAUCUACUUUCAAAAGACCAAAAGUUUGGACAGGGUCAGACCAAGCAGAGUUCAAAAGACUUCCAUCUUUGACACCAAGUUCGAACAAGAUGUCGAAGUAGCAGAUCCAUUCAUGAUAUCCGACCCACCCGUGGCAUCCCCUCGAUUGAGAAGGAAAGCGAAACUGACGAGUAACCCAGAUGUACAUGCUAGUAGUAGUAGUAAUGUUCCAAAAAUAAAUCCGGAGCAGAAACAUCGUGCUAAUGGAACUGGGACAAAUUAUCCCCUCAUCACGAACAAAAACAACAACUCUCAUUUUCUGCCAAAUGAGCCAAGAGCAAGUCGAGACCUCAAAUCUUCUACUCGAGGAGGAGAAACUGUGUCUCCAUCGUCUCAUUCUGCUCAGUCUCAAUCUAAUGCAAAUAAGUUUAUCCUUGAAAAUCAAUCUCAGUUUGCAAAUCACAGCAACAGUUUGACCAAUCCAAACACCAAAUCGAGCAAAUUGUCAGGGACGAAUAAAUCUGCAUCAUCAGCAGACAUUCAAAUUAGCAACAGUAAUACUGGCAGUGCUAGCGAGUUAACCAAAUCUAAAAUGAAGAUGACAACCAACUAUAACCAAAAGUCUGGGUCGUCCGAAUUAUCGGGUCAACAACAACAAGUGGUUGACAAAUUGUCUGGAGACUUAUCAUCUCCAGCACCAAUUGCGACGCCGAGAACACGUCGUAAAAAUAGUAAUCAUCAGAAACAACGUGAUGCUGCCGACGUCGAAAUUGAAUUGGAUGGAACAGAGGCAUUACCAACAACGGGCAAUAAUGUUCUCCCCAAAGCUGUAAGGUUCGAACAGCAUAUUAUCGAAAUGACUGAGGAGAACGAGCGUAAGCAUAAUAAGGGGAGCAGCAGAACGAAUACUAAUAACGCUGCAAAUCCUUCUCCGGUGAAUAAUAAUUUUAAUAAGCUCCGAGCACACCUGGGCACGUCUGGUGAUGAUAUAGAACCAACCACUAAUAGCAAUAAUAUUAUCGGGAGUGUCCCCAUUUCCUCUCAGUUCGAUUCUGAUCAUUACGCAUCAUCCUCCAGCCGAGCAACAAAAGGUGUUUACUCAUCUACGAAUAGUGGAGUUUCUGAUAAUAAAACACUUACAAAAUCAAACAAGAAAUCGCCCCAUAAUAAUAACAGUGGAGGUGGUGGUGGAUUUGUGGCCAGAGCAAUUGCCAAAGUGAAAAGUAAAGCUAACAAAAAUAGCAAAAAGGGUCACAAGGCCAAUCUGAAUAGUAGAGGUCUGAGGUCAAUUGAGACGAGAGAUUCCAUCACCUACAUCUCUCCAUCACCAACCCAGCUUCUUACCCAACAGCAGAAGCAGCAACAUCAUCAAAAUCAUGCUGCCAGUGUUAUACAAGAGAUAACCCUGAAUCCGAUUAUUGCAUUAUCUCCGUCAGAUAAAAAUGAUUACUUUAACAAUUCUACUGCUGCCGACCAUUCAAUAACACGAUCAAAUAGUAAUGCAGUUGUACGGGAUUCUGGUGCCUCUGUUGGUGUGGCGAGGAGCGAGUCAUUCACUAAAGCAGGCAUUUUGAAGAAUUCCUUUCCCACGGAACAGAGACCUUUAAAUAAAACUCCGCAAAAACCAAAACGUUCAUUUCUUAAGAAAAAUAGCGCAAAAUUGGACCCCAAAAUGGAACAACCAUUCGCCGACGAUGACUCCGAAGACUUGACAAAAGUCUCCAGCCUUUCCGUUGACCAACUGACCCCCAGUUCGACAUCCUCCUCAGCAUCCUCAUAUCUCUCCAACGUUCAGGAAUCAUACGAGUUUUUCCACGCUUCUGAAGAAUGCGAAAGCAUUGAUGGGGAAGAAGAAGAAGCUCUUGGCGAAAUCGGUGAAGCAGGAGAUGAAAGUGAUCAAAUCUUUAAAUCAUUCGAGGAUGAUGAAGAUGCCGGCGAAGAUUUCAUAUUCUAUUCACAAAUGGAUUCAUCUCCUGAUAAUUCCAACAAAACAAAGGCAAGGAUGACAAGUCAUGCAUACCAGCAGCCAAAAACAAACCUACAAAAUCAUAAUCAAAUCGUCUCCUCUAAUCAAAAUAAUAAUCAGAAUACCAAUUACAGAGAAACUCUUGUCGGCAGUAGUAUAGUAAGAGCAACAAGUAGUGCAAAAUCUCUGCCAAAAGACAUCACCACCACCACCAACUCCCCUCAUACAAAUUAUUCUUUGUCUUCUUCUUCGCAUUACGGGGAUCGCAAAAGUAAGAAAGGGUUGACUUCUUCAAGGCAGGUGGUGGUGUUGGGAAACAAUGGACAGGAUACUGGUUGCAACCUACUUCGUAAUCAAGAACCUCCUACAAAAUAUUAUGCUGAUGAUGAUGAUGUUAGUGCAAGUGAAUUUCAUUAUGGGAUUUCAUCAACAAAGAGUAAAGGGGUUGAUCAUUCUUCUUUACCAAGCAUUUCAACUACUACUACCCCGUUAGUAAGAAAUGGUAGUAAUCCGACGUUGUCGAGGUUGACUGACCCACCACCACUACUGCCUACGGCUAAGACUUCAACAAUUCAACACAAUUUUUACAAUCACAAUCACCACAACGAGAUUGCAAGAAAUCAUCUGCAGGGAGGAAUAAUCCGGAGUAAUAAUAAUAAUACCGAUAAAAAUUCCUCAUCUUCUUAUUUAUUCGGUGGUGAAAGUAGUCUCAAUUAUCCCAUUCAGCCCCAAUUUCAAUCCUUGUCUCAAUUUCACUCUGAAAAUGCGCAGCCUCAAGAGAAGGAAGAAAGGCAGCUAGAAAACUUUGAAGGGCAGCAGCAGCACAAUAAAAACAACAACCUGUUGCUUUCUCCAGCUUCGUUACUAUCUUCUUUUACUGGUAGUGCUAAAAGUGGAAAGAACCAAAAUUUCAAAUUUUCGCAAAGUGAGUUUUUCCCAGGGGCAGCAACAUCACAAGAUUUCGACAUCUCGCCAAUGUCUUCACUCCCACAAGGAUCUGUCGCCAAUGAUGAUGCCCCCCUUCAGAAAUUCAAGUCGAGCGUGCUAGUAAAUAAUAACCGUGCGGGUGGGAGUGAAGGAGAGGAAUAUUUUCGACCUUCGUCACCCCAAAUUCCAUCCAUCCCUCGUCAAGGUGGUCGAAACCGGAAGCCACAUCAAAAUGUGACCACAGUUGAGAUAAGUGGGGAUGUCGGGAUUGUUAAUUCGCAGGCGGCUUCAGCUUUUCUUAACCAUAGGAGAGCAACACUCAAAAAGGUCAACAAUGAAUCACUUUGGAAAGAAAAGAAUGACGUUUAUUCGUCUGGAAUGUCCCAACUGGCGAAACAACGGGAACAACAACAUAGCCACGAUGAAGAGGACAACCACUAUGACGGGAAUAGGCAUGCUACGGCAGGCAAGGUGGGCAAUUAUGAAGAGGCAGACAUUAGGCUAGUAACGGACAAUGGGAGUAGUGGCAGUAGUGAAUCAUCAACACCAAAGAAAAGUGUAUCUUCGUCCAUUGAAGAUGAUGGCGAUGGGUCAGAUUGGAAUUCGGAGAGUACAAAGAACACUGUGAUUUUCCGUGGCGUUGAUAACAAGUCGGCGUCCAGAAAUGGAUCUUCUUCGAGUGAAUCCCUUCCACUAUUAUCACCCUCAUCAUCAGCAGGUGGUGGUGGGAUGUUUUAUAACUGUGAUCCGGAAAUACACAUAUCCAGCAUUGAUUUAUUGGAUAACAACGAGGAGGAUAUCGGAAGUGGUGUGACGACAGAUGAAUCAACAUUUCGUGAAACGACAACAAAGUGUGUCAAAGCCACAUCAGCAGCUAUUAGUGAUAGUGGUGUUAGCGGUGCCAAAAUUUAUGCAAAUUCAAACAAUGAGGCAUUGCACGAUAACGGAAUAAUAGAUAAGGAAGAUAAAGCGGAGAGAAAAAAUGUCAAGUCAAUAGAUAAUAUUGGUAAUAGCAGUAGUAAUAGUGAUACUAGUGAUCGCAAUACUUUGAUAGCAAUAACCAAAAGAAGGCAGAGUGUCAGUAGUGAAAAUUCUAGGAAAAAAUCGUUAACAAGAUCGUCAGACAACGUCAUAAAACAGUUUGACAACGACCUCCACUCAACAUCUCAGCAAGAACCUCUUGUUCAAAUGCCUGAAGAAUUGGAGGAGGACAUGGUCAAGUGCAAUUUAGACGAAGAAAUCGACAGAUCCAAAAAUGCCAAGAGUUGUCCACGAGCCGUCCCCACCAGCAACAACAAUGUCAACAACAAAUCUACCACAUUUCAUCCCAGAAGGGAGAGCCCCGAAGGUCAAGAGCAAGAAGUUCCUACCAUCCAUCCCGAUGAUGACAAAGUCGUAGUAGCUGAAGUACCAGAAAAGAAUAUUAUAAAAAAGAAACUUGAACCAAAGAAAUCUCUACGACUUGGUGAAGUCGUCAUUAUGGAAAAUCCUUCGAAAGGUUCUUCCUCCGGAAAUAAUAGCAAGGUUUUCAGUAAAUCGGAAAUCAGUCAAAACGCUUUAAGUCGAAUCACCGAGUCCACCAGCCGGUCAUCCCCUGACGGAGCCGAUGCCGACAGAGAUGAUUCCACAACGACAACAGAACCUGAAAAUGAUUCUCCAACCCCCAUGGUUGAGCAAUUUGAUGUCACAUCGGAUGAAGAUAGCUGGGUCGAGGAAAUAAUUUUUGAAGAAGAUGAUGACACCGACACAAUACAAAUGUGUCGUAAAGCUCAACCCCCUCCUUUGGAUCUCACUUUGCAUACAAUAGUUGAAGAGUCUUGUGAGGAAUGGUCAGAGGCCGAAAGUGGUAACUUUAAUUCACCACAAAAGCACGGCAAUCAAAAACAACAACGAAGAUUAAAGACUCAACCUCAACGAAAUGACAACGAGCUAGAGAAAUACUUUAACUUUGGUAUUAACAUUGGUGACAAUGGCUCACAGGAAGGGGGUCGACAGAGCUGUACAAAUGAAGAUUCUGAAUUCUCAGACACAGAAUUCAGUGAAUCGAGUUUCUCAAUGCAAGAUGACCACGACCAUGACCAAGCAUCUCUGGUUGGUGACAAUAAUAAUGGACGGAAGCAACGGGCUUCUGUCGAAAUGGAUCCGGCAGAAUUGGCAUCGUCGAGAUUAGAAAAAUAUUUUUACAAUUUGGGACUUCCUCAAUCAAUGAUGAAUCCGAUUAGCUCUAUCAAUCAAACUGCGGAUUCUGAUUCAGUCGGGUCUGAGUCAGAGUCGGACAACAGCGUCUUAGAAAACCGGAAGAAAGUUCUGAAACAUCACAGGCGGUCUGCAGAUUUCGAGGAUGAAUUUGGUGAUAAAGUUUCUGAUGAAGAAGAAGAUUUUGGUUUUGGACAAGAUGGCUUUGAUACAAUUAAGAAAACAGCACGGAAAGGUAGCAAGAAGAGUGGAAGUGACAGUAAUCUACUCGAGUCUUGUGGGGUUGCUCCCGUCGUUAGUGGGUCCUCGAAAAUUUCAGAAAAUCCUUUGAGUGCUUCCUCUUCCAACAGUGCUUGUCGACCUUCCCUCCUUCAUGGAGAAUCUAGUAGUAGUAACAGCAAUAAUACUAGUCGAGUGAUCAAAAAUCCGUUGGAAAAGUCGUUUUCUAAUAGUACUUCAUCUUCUAAAGAAGACUCUUCCUCAACAUCCCCAACAUCUCCUCCAGCAUCUAAAAAAUCAUCUCCAAGUGGUUGUGAAAGUGGUGGUGAUCGAGAAAAGGAUCGUCCUGUGGUUAAAGUCAAUAGAAGCAAUAGUUUUCAAUGGAGUUCGGAUGAAGAAGUCAACAUCAUGAUGUCAAAGUUGAGACAAUUAAUUCGUAAUCUAGUGAAAGCGAAAGCAGAACCAAGUAAAAGCUCUGGAGGGACAAUAAGCGGAGCCCCUGUUAAUUAUCAAGAUAAAGAUAAACAACUUGCGUAUUUAGAAGGCGAACUGAUUCGUCUCAUGAAAACGGAAAAUCUGAAAAAUAUCGUAGAAUAUUUUAGUUCUGAGGAAAGUGAUGUGGACGACGUUUACAAGUUCAUUAAAGUUGUAAAGGAAUCUAGCAGUAAUGCUGACGAUAACAGUGAUUUUGGUGAAAUUGAUCUAGAAGACCCGGAACUGUUACACACUCUGCAAACUACAAUGGAGUCAAAUUCAGCUCACAUUUCUCCGAAGCAAAGUCCUGAACUGUUGGCAAAAGUAAUGAACCACAUAGGAAACAGAUUGCAAGUCUGGAUGAAAGAUGAGAAUAUGCAAGACGACGACAAUAAUGAUGACAAUGUGACGUUAAAAUGUGCUCAAAGUGUCAGUUCUGAUUUGAAUGAAGAUCGUUUUAGUUGGAAGGGAAGCUUCGAGAGUGCAUUGGCUGCAAAGCGACAAAGUGUUGGAUCAACUGAUUCUAUUUCAAGUUCAGAUUUUCCACAAGACAGGUCCAUACUAAGAUCUUCGUCACUUCAUCACCUCGCUAAUUCAUUACAUCAUUUGGGGCAAGUAGAGGAACACAAGGAUGAAGAAGAGUCGACUUCAUCUCUCCCAAGAAUGACAAAUCUCUGCAAUUCAAAUUCAAAUUCAUUACCUCGACUGAAUCAAACGAACAAUCUUUCCAUUUCUAGAGCUUAUAGUCUAGUUAUGCCAGGAGGAAAAGUGGACGAGGUCGACUCGCCUGUUACUCCAACAGGUCCAAUAAAAUCAGCCCGAUAUCGACCUCCCGGAUUUAACCCAAUUAAAAGUAAGAGGAGUGAAGACGAGGGAGUAAAACCCAAUUCGAUCCUAAGUCAAUCAACUCCUAUACUCACUCAAGAUCCUGGACUGAAGGCCCGAAGCGACUCCGUUGGAAGUAUAUUUCAUGAUGCCACAAAACCCCACAUCCCAGUCAAAGGUCAAGUGGAGUUUGGGCUGCAGUACAACUAUAAACUCGCAUGUUUGGAGGUUCGUGUAUCAAAGUGCCGUGAAUUGGCUGCAGUUGAUGCCAAACGAAACCGUAGUGAUCCCUAUGUCAAAGCUUACUUGUUACCUGACCGAUCAAAAGGAGGCAAAAGGAAAACAAAAGUUAAGAAGAAUACUCUAAAUCCUAUAUUUGAAGAAAUAUUGAAGUUCCCAUUGACUUUAUCGGAUUUACAAAACCGAACCCUUUGGUUAAGCGUGUGGCACAGCGAUAUGUUUGGCAAGAAUAUAUUCCUUGGAGAGGUCCUAGUCGAGUUGAAGGAUCGAGUUUUCGAUGAUCCAAAUCCACAGCCAUGGGAUCUUCAAGAAAUGUCUGGUCAAACUGAAGACAUGUCACGUGGGGAUGUGGUGAUAGCUCUCAAGUGGCAACCUAAGACUGAUAGUACUGGCAAAUUGUCAGUACUGGUGAAAGAAGCGACGUUGGUGAAUCUUACUCCUGUAAAAAAUGGAGGAAGCCCAUCUUCCCUGAUCAAAUGUUCACUACUAUCGGACAAGUCGAGAAAACACAAAACAUCGAUAUGUCGCCGCAGUUACAAUCCCGUGUGGAAUCAGACCCUUACCUUUGACGAUGCUGGGGACGAUGGUCUAGAAAUUACUCUGUGGAACCACGACCUUUUAUCAAAUAACGACUUAUUAGGAAAUAUUCGCAUGGAGUACGACCACCCUUUGUGGUCAUCAAUGCUAUCUCGUCAUUCGUUUUGGGUGGAAGGCAUUCUGAGACUUAACUAAUUUACUGAUGAUUAUCAACAAUUAACGUUGAUAUUUUUAUAUUCGUUUGAUAUUAUCGUAAGUCAUUUACAAAUAACUACGUAUUACCUUUGGUACAUUAUCAUUACUACGAGGCGAUGCAUGGUUUCAAUAUGAAACUUUAUUAACAAUGAUUUUAUUGCAUGCAAGGAUUUUAACGUUUGUUUGAUACAAUCAAUUAUUGAAAUAUGUGCUACCGUAACUUUUAAAAAAAUGAUAGCAAUAGCAACAUGUAAUUUAAGCAACAUUGUAUUACUCUAUUUAUAGGAUUUAAUUAAGACAGUUUAAUUAUUAAUUUGCGUGUUAGGUAUAAUUUAGUGUUCAUCAGUAUUUGUAUUUUUAGUACUUUUUUUAUUGCUCAACUAUAUUAAUUUUCGGAUUAAAUAAAUUGCGCAUUACUUGCAAAACAAUAA